CGCCAAAUGCCCCGCAAGAGCAAUGGACGAACGGUGGUGCUUUGGUGGCUGUUGGAAAGGUUGCAGCCGCUCGCUUCGCAAUGACGCAGGUCGGUUCGAGGCACUCAAUGAUCAUGAAAUCCAAAGUGUACGUGCUGCCUCCAUUUCAUCCAUGACGGUCUAUGCGGGACCAUGUCCGGAGAGAUGGCUUCGCACUCGGGUGGCCGACAUCGUUCGUUCCAACUUGUGGCUUAUUGGACGUCUGAAAAACAACCGUGGUAAGGUGGCGCUUUGGAUUCCGUUUGAAGGUGCCAUGGAUUAUAGAAACUGUCUGGAAAUAAAACAUAUUGUGAGAGAAACCGACUCAGAUGAUAUAGACUUUCCAGAGUUACUGCCAGAGUUCUGGGUGAAACCUGGGGUUGCAAUAGUAGAUGCGGAGGAACACAUCUUCAAAAUUGUGGCACUUGUUGAAGCUUCGAAACAGCGCUGGCAUUUGCUGAUGUCAAUGUCGCAUGUGGUGGCUGACGCUCAUACAUUCUACAUGAUUCACAACAUGAUGGACAAAGCAGCUGCAGUAUGCCCCAUGGAGGUGAAACGCAGGCAUUUUAGUCCGAUCUCAUGCCUUCCGGGGGUGCCAUUCCACUGGAAGUGGUUCUUUUGGUUUUUGAAUCAGACUCGGAUUGCUUUGCUGCGCCAGAAGAACCAGGUUCUGAACAUCCGCAUGCGUUACGUCAACAUGGAUUGGGUGGAGGAACAGAAAAAAAACUUUGCCGCAGAGCCAGAUGCUCCUUUCAUUUCGGCCAAUGAUUUGUUAACCUCUUGGUUCUUUCGGGAGACCAAACCUGCAUGUGGUGUGAUGAUGCUGAACAUGAGGGGGCGAAUGGAAGGCCUUGAAGAUGAACAUGCAGGCGUGUACUCCACCAUGCUCAUUUUCUAUCCCAAUGAGUACCAGUCGCCUGCCAAUAUCCGGCGUGCAAUUCAGAGAAAGUCUCCAGCAUGUACACUUGAGGGAAGGCAGCAAUGGCCGGGCCGGGGCGGGAAGUGUGGACUUGUAACUUCAUUCCACACUUUCAAUCGAGAUUUGCAAUUUGAUGGCUGCACACAACAGCUACACGUUCCAAGCGGCGCAAGUGGCGAUGAAGCUCUGCAAAGUCCUUCUGCAAUCAUAUUCCGUCCGUCGUCGGAUCAAUUAGCAAUGGUGACCAUAACGGAAGAAGAACUUUCUUCUGGCCCCCUAGGUACAGAUGUCCUUGUUGGCGCCAUUGACGCCAGGAAGCUAAGCGGAGCAGAGAAAAAAACUGCAGUGAGUACAGUUUGUCUUUUGAAUUGCAAACUUUUUGAUACAGUACAUGUCCUUUUGCAUGUCAGUUGA